CUCAUUUAACGGUUAACACUUAACACCAGUUCUUGUCAACAAAUUGAAACCCCUCUCUCUCGAUGAUGAUGAUGAACACCAGUUCAAAUUUCCCACUUCCAGAUGCAUUCAUCAAAUUCCUCGAAGAAAAUGGACUAGACCCUUCAAUUUACGCUUCCAGGGAUUCUCUUCCUCGUUACAUUAGGUUGAAGCCAGGUCGCGAGGCGAAAAUUGAUGAGAUUGAAGCCGAGUUUCAGUGCAAAUUGAGUGAAGUAGGUUGGCUGCCAAGUUUUUAUUCUCUACCAACUCAUGUUCAAAUUGCUAAUUCUAAGGCCUACCAAGAAGGCAAGGUUUAUGGGAUUGAUGCUGCUUCAGGGGCUGCUGUCCAGGCUUUGAAUAUUGUUCCAGGAGACCAUGUUCUUGAUCUUUGUGCCGCUCCAGGUGCAAAGCUUUGUAUGGUAUUAGAUCUUCUCGGUGAUUCUGGUUCUGUUACUGGUGUUGAUGUUGCAAGACAUCGUCUAGCAGCUUGCAGAACUAUGGUCCAAAAAUAUGCCCUGGGUGAUCGCUGUCGACUCUUAGUAGCUGAUGGCACGUCAUUUUCUCUGAUUCCUUCAAUAGUUUUGGCUGCUACUAAAUUACUUAAUGGAUCUACAUUGGAGAAGAAAGUAGAUGUAUUCAAGGAGUGGACUUCUAAGAGGCCUUGGAAGGAAAGGAAACGUGCAGAAAAAGCAAGGGCAGCUAGUCCAUUACAGAUCUUAGAACCAGAACUGAUAUUUUAUGGGCAGCAUUCAGGAGUUAUUGGUUGUACGAGAGAUGAGUUAUAUCAGACUGUUAGUGAUGAUGAGCUUUACACUUGUGGUUAUGACAAGGUCCUUGUGGAUGCAGAGUGCACUCAUGAUGGAUCAAUUAGGCAUGUUCAGAAAUUUGAAAAUUGGGGCUGGCAAACACUUCAACGUCGUGUGUUGGAUGCAGAGAGAACUGAUGACCUGACAAAUCUCCAAUUCCGACUUCUGAGUAAUGGUUUUCGAUUGCUUAAAGCUGGGGGCUCACUUAUCUACAGCACUUGCAGCUUGACAGUUGCCCAAAAUGAAGAAGUGAUUGAGAGGUUUCUGUUGGAGAAUUCAUCUGCUGAGCUUCAAGAAAUAGAUGAUUUCCGCAGUUGGCCAUGCAAGAGUGGUCAGGUACCUAAGACGCUGAGAUUUGAUCCUGUAACAUCCCAAACAAGCGGGUUAUUUGUUGCCAAAUUCACGAAGUCGCCCACCUUUUGAUUUGGAGGUAGUUUCUGAAGGUGAAAAUUGAGAGUUAAGACAGGUAAUAGACAUGUGAUUGAUGUGGUUAGAGGAGUCUGAACAAGCCCUGGGAAAUUGAAUACAUUGUCGUUGAUGCUACAAAAAUAUCUUCCUUAUGUUUCCACACGUGGAAUCAGUGAUUGUAUCAUGAUUGAAUCAACCAGUUUCAUGACCAACCAAGUAUCGCUUUGUGGUUUCUCUCCUCACCUGAAAGGAAGAGUUGUGCUGGCUCUCCUCUAGCCUCUAGAAUGUAAAUUCAGAUUUUGAAAUACUGAUGAACUCUGCUUUGCUUUAGACGGAUAAUGCUACCGUCUGGUCAUACGUUGUAUUUAUUGCAUUGAAUGUAUAUGCUUUUGUAACGAGUGAUAGAUUGAAGGAGAAAAACACACAAUAUUAUACCUGUUUCGGUUUUUGCAGA